AUGGGAUUGUUGGGAACGAUCAACCGUCUGGAUCCUUCUGGAAGCGCAUUGGUGAUUACUAUGCAACAAGCGAUCAUGUCCUUGGUGGUGGUGAACCAAGGCUCCGUGAUCAUUGUAGACAACGCUGGCAAAAAUAAGCAGGGAGCUACUACUGCAGAAGAAGCUGCUAAUCUUAAUGUAGCAGAGACUUAUAAUUCGCAUUCGGUUGAAGAGAAAGAUCUGGAAAUGGUUAAGAAGAGGAAGAAGAAGAAGAAAAGUUUGUCUGAGAUGGAGAAAGAGUCAUCAUCUACUCAUCAUGAUCAUCAUCAGCUUGCGGUUGUUGCUGCUGCAGCUGAGGAAGGUGGUGCUGCUGCUGGUGUACGUGAGAAGCACGUGUGUGUUACUUGCAACAAGUCGUUUUCUUCUUAUCAAGCUUUAGGAGGUCAUAGAGCAAGUCACAACAAGGUCAGGGUAUUGGAGAAUCAUCUAGCUAGGGCAAACGCUGAAGCUUCAUUACUUGGAAUCGAAGCAAUAGUAACCGGUUUAGCUAGUGCUCAGGGAUCAAACACAUCUAUAAGCAGUAGUAACAAUGGAGAUCACAUAUGUAAUAUUUGUCAUAGAAGCUUCCCAACAGGUCAAGCUCUUGGAGGUCACAAGAGAUGUCAUUGGACUGGACCAGUUUCUACUGAGGCUGCAACCGUAGCUCCAACAGCUGCUCCAACUACUGCUCCAGCAGAAGCGUCUUCUAGUCAAGCUCAAGCAACGGAGAUAGUGCAAGAGGUGAAGAAAUUGAAGAGAAGUUUUUUGGAGUUUGACUUGAAUGAGUUGCCACCUCAUGAAGACGAGGAAGAAGAAAGAGUCUAA